UCUCAUGAAAAGACAAUAGCUACUGCACCUAUGGAUCUCACUUCUAUCCUAGCCGACUCGUCGGUUGUGCAACCGCGGCGCACCUCUUCGAACCCUCCAUCCAUAGCGGCCGCCAGUCCCGCCAUCUCCGUCGCAAAACUCCCAUCUCCGCAAAUAUCCACAAAGCCUACGCGGAAGCGGAAGCGACACGACCCAAAACCUAUAUGGGCUGUGCUUGAACAUGAACAAGUCGACCUGCCGAUCAAUGGGCACACCGAAUCGCGUCAACCUCGUCCACUUCAAACACCCGUCGCACGCGCUCCACCUCCGCCAGUACCUUCUUACGCCAACGGUCGUCCGCCUCACGUCGCGCGACCUGCUGUUGGGCCGACCGCACGAGAGCUCACAGGAUGGCAGCGCCCCAUAACGGACGAUCCGUACGUGUACGAUGAGAUGGUGCGCCGAACGUGCGACUUCAUCUGGAACCACGUCGUCGAGGAUCGCGCGCUUCGGACAGCGGUAGAGCAGUCGCCCGGAGCGGAGAUUGAGAUUGAAGCGCGUUGGGGUCAGAUCAUCGACUUGAGUACCGGCCGGCGACUUGUUUCGGUCAACGAGACGGAGUGCGUGAUUCGGCAAGAUGUUGCGGCCGGGACGAAGUUCGAGAGCACCAUGUCGGUUAUGCAGCACAAGAAGAUGAAUGAGUUCCUCAACGAGCAGGUUGGCAAGUCGAAAAAUACACCGUCGCGAACCGACGUCAAUUACAAGCACACCAAGGAGGUCGACAUGUUCUACGACCUGGACCAAGCCGGCUUCGACUUACUGGCGCCUGGCGUGAGGGAAAUCAUAGCGCGGCAGCAGCACCGCCAGAGAAUACGCGUGACACGCGACAUGAAGACGGGCCAGGUGCUGCGCAAAAUCAUCAAAUGCCGCAUCGGGAACCUCGAAAUCAGCUCCCCACUCACAGAAUGGGACUACCGCAUCGGCAUCAACGUCGAAAUCUCGUACCCAGGCCCUCUCGAAUCCUUGAAACCCGUCAUCGACAAAGACCAAACCAUAGCCACCUCGGAGCGUAAAAAGGACCGCAUGUCGUAUUCCUGGCUGUCUGCGUACCAAAUCGACCUCACGCAGGUGGUCCAGGGGACAAACAAGAACCACGAGCUCGAGCUGGAACUGGAUGCGAAGACCCUGCUCAAGACGACGGAGAAGAUGGAUAUGCAGGAGCCCCCGCCGAACGAUUACGAGGCGCUUGUUGCGGGGAUGCUGAAUAACUUACGGGUACUGUCGAGGGAAAUGACUACGUAGGAUGUCGUCUUGCAGCCGUCGGGGGCUACCUUUUUUUAUGCACAUUGGAGGGAUGUUAUGGAGGCUGAGGAGAGGAAGAAGGAGCAGGAGGGGAAGAGGAGGGGAAAGCGGCAAUACGGAAGAGAGGGUCGAUUUUCAGUAGGCCACGGUUAUGAUAGAGGUCUAAUUUCCACGGUCAGGCUUGGAUAAGCAUAAUGGGUUUGGUUAUUACAACGGGAAAGAUCGCGCGGCGCCGGUGCGCUGGAGUUGGAGCUUUUUACGGAGGGAACAUGGAGAUACCCAUUCCUUUUUAUUCAUUUUGUACGAUAAUGAAUCGAAAGGCCGACAUUCGCCUUGGUGGGAGAAGAUGAGUAUGGCACUGUGAAGUCUAGCUUUGCUUCAGCUGUUGAUAUCAAUGACAACAAGGUAAAUAGUAGAGUCUGAAGCAGAUGUCAGACACUUUGUCUAGCAAAGGAAGUA